GCGCGGAGGGAGGUGAGCGGCGCGGAGCCGGCAGGCAAGGAGGAGGCCGGCGAGGGAGGCCCCGCCCCCGCCUCUCAGAGCCGGCUUCUCGCCGCCGCCGAACCCSCUCACUUUGCCUCUCGCCUCUGGACGGCUGCGGGGCAGCUGCCCGAGCUGCGGCGGGCGGGAGCGCCUCCCGGGACCUGGAGUCUUCCGCACGGCGCCUCCCCUCGGCGCCCGCGCCCCUCAGGGAGGACGGCGCCGCCGCCUUGGAGAGGGCACCCCGGCAUCGCAGGGGGCAUCCCCCGGCGCGAGGGGCGGCGGCGCCAACACAGACUCGUUCCCAGCCAGUGGGGCGCAGCGCUGGCGCCGGAGGGGACUCCCCGGCCACCCGCAGGUACUGCCGCGCGGAAGGCGCGCUGCUAGCAGCGACGCUGGGCUGCCGAGGAGGCUAAAGCCGAGGGGCCCCGGGCCGGUGCGGGGCAGAGAGGAACCCCGAGGGAGAGCGGGCCCCGACGGCGCUCUCCCCGGUCUGCCAGAGGCAGGCAGGCCCCACGCGGCGGCCGGGCGACCCUUGAGCUGAGGGUCCCCAGGGCAGCCAGCCAUGACCUUCGGGCGCAGCGGGGCGGCCUCGGUGGUGCUGAACGUGGGCGGCGCCCGGUACUCGCUGUCUCGGGAGCUGCUCAARGACUUCCCGCUACGCCGGGUGAGCCGGCUGCACGGCUGUCGCUCGGAACGCGACGUGCUCGAGGUGUGCGACGACUACGACCGUGAGCGCAACGAGUACUUUUUCGACCGGCACUCGGAGGCCUUCGGCUUCAUCCUGCUCUACGUGCGCGGCCACGGCAAGCUGCGCUUCGCGCCGCGGAUGUGCGAGCUCUCCUUCUACAAUGAGAUGAUCUACUGGGGCCUGGAGGGCGCGCACCUCGAGUACUGCUGCCAGCGCCGCCUCGACGACCGCAUGUCCGACACCUACACCUUCUACUCUGCGGAAGAACCGGGCGCGCUGGGCCGCGACGAGGUGCGACCCGGCGGGGCCGAGGCGGCUCCCUCCAGGCGCUGGCUGGAGCGCAUGCGGAGGACUUUUGAGGAGCCCACGUCGUCGCUGGCCGCUCAGAUCCUGGCCAGCGUGUCCGUGGUGUUCGUGAUUGUGUCCAUGGUGGUGCUGUGCGCCAGCACGCUGCCCGACUGGCGCGCAGCAGCCGCUGACAACCGCAGCCUGGAUGACCGGAGCAGGUACUCCGCCGUCCCUGGGAGGGAGCCCUCCGGGAUAAUUGAAGCUAUCUGCAUAGGGUGGUUCACUGCAGAGUGCAUCGUGAGGUUCAUCGUCUCCAGAAACAAGUGUGAGUUUGUCAAGAGACCCCUGAACAUCAUUGACUUACUGGCAAUCACGCCAUAUUACAUCUCCGUGCUAAUGACAGUAUUUACAGGGGAGAACUCUCAGCUACAGAGGGCUGGAGUCACCUUGAGGGUGCUCAGAAUGAUGAGGAUUUUUUGGGUGAUUAAGCUUGCCCGUCACUUCAUUGGUCUUCAGACACUUGGUUUGACUCUCAAGCGAUGUUACCGAGAGAUGGUUAUGUUACUUGUCUUCAUUUGUGUUGCCAUGGCAAUCUUUAGUGCACUUUCUCAGCUUCUUGAACAUGGGUUGGACCUGGAAACAUCCAACAAGGACUUUGCCAGCAUCCCCGCUGCCUGCUGGUGGGUGAUUAUCUCUAUGACUACAGUUGGCUAUGGAGAUAUGUAUCCUAUCACAGUGCCUGGAAGAAUUCUUGGAGGAGUUUGUGUUGUCAGUGGGAUUGUUCUGUUGGCAUUACCUAUCACUUUCAUCUAUCAUAGCUUUGUGCAGUGUUAUCAUGAGCUCAAGUUUAGAUCAGCUAGAUAUAGUAGGAGCCUCUCUGCCGAGUUCCUGAAUUAAUGCAUUGCAAAUCAAUUCUUGCAUACRCUUGGUUUGAUAGAAAGA